AUGGAUUCGGACUCUGAAUCAUACGAAAAAACAGGCGGGAACCCCUCAAAGAACAUCCUUGAGCCCGCCGUCCUCUUUUUAUCAGGCCAAUCUGUUCUGACUGAGGCUGCAACUCCAACGCCGCUUUAUCAAUUGAAGAGUGACAUCAUGUCAAUCCCAAACAAGGACUCGUCUGUGACACUUGAAAGGGUCGAGCAUGAUGUGCUUGAGCUCAAGAAUGAGAUCGAAGGCGCCACUGCUGGCACGCCGCAAAAACAACAUCUUUUCUACCUCGCACACCCUGUGAAUGCGCAGUACCGUACCGAUAUACCUGCUAGAUACUACAUUACUUCUGCAGCCCCAGAGACGGUGGGUAAUAUUCGCCUCAAGACUUCUGAGGCACGGUUUCAAAGGACGUCCUUCAAAGCCAUGUUAAGCCCCAAAAAAACCGCCUCGGAUAAGCCAUUGUUCGACGACGGCACGCAACAAAUCCUAUUGUUUGAUAUCCAGUCAGAUUGGAAUGUCGGUCGCAAUUGGUAUAGGUGGAGCGACUGCAAUGGCAGACAGGUCGCUAUUGAAGGAAAAGAGAAUGACAGAUAUAAAUUAUCCGUUACGAGGAGUUUGCCGCAGGAGUUAAGGGAUGCACUGGUUGCUACAUGGCUGUUAAGGUUGUGGCAUGACACGGCCGAGAGUAAACAAGCUAAAAGGGAAUUCUUUGAAAGCAUGACAUCACCAGAAGCGUAUCAAGAAAGCAUGAAGCCAUAUGGGCCAAGGCAGUGCAUAAUCAUGUGA